GUGUUACACUAUUUGACAAUGCAUUAGGCAUUAAUAAGCACAUGCCGCGGUCUCGUCCGUUUAGGUGAUCUCGAACUUCCGUCUAAUCGUUGGCCACUUUCUCUUGAUUGAACAGACCUUUCUCGUAUAGUUAACUUCAUAUUACGGUGCCAAUUUAACAACAUCAAAAUGUCGGUCGAUUUAUCCACACUUCCACCCGACCAGCAGCAGGAUAUCCUUGACAAACCAGCCCUUGGUGCGCCUCCUGGAGUCGAGUCGAAUUUGGCAAACCCUUCUAACCGGAACAUCAUUCCGGAGGCCGUGAUACCGAUCUGUCUCGUUCUCACCACGCUAGCAAUACUUCUCCGCUGCUAUGCCAGGGUGUUCGUUGUCAAGAAAAUAAACGUUGACGAUAUUCUCAGCUUGCUAGGCUUCGGAACCUAUAUUUUCUAUGUCUAUAGCGUUUAUCACACCACGGACACCGUUGGCUUUUUUGUACACCAAUGGGACGUCAGCCUCAGACGUGUGUCGGGAGUCCAACAUGGUCUACAAAUAGCCGCUACCUGCUACACGAUCACGCUGGCGCUUCUCAAAAGCGCCAUCCUUCUGCAGUGGAUCCGCGUAUUCGCGCCUCAAGGCACCCGCGGGGCCUUUUUCUGGACUUGCCAUGUCCUGCUAUGGAUUAAUCUCCUAUUCUACCUCUCGACUACAGUCGCAGGCAACCUCAUCUGCGUCCCGUUCCAAAGGAUAUGGGACAAAACGGUACCCGGCGUCUGUUACAAUGGAAGACCUCUGAAUAUGACGAUCGGCGUGUUUAAUCUCGCCUCGGAUAUUUCCAUUCUACUGCUCGUGCAGCGGGCUAUCUGGAGCCUCAACAUGUCGCUGAAACGAAAGCUUGGUAUAGCAUUAAUCUUCGCCAUAGGUGUGCUAGCCUGUGCCGCUGCUGCGUUCCGCCUAGGAGUGACGGUCAACUACAUGACCGAUCCGGACUGGCUAUACCAUGUGGCCGGGCUAUCCAUGGGCUGCAUCGCCGAGAUGACUUGCAUCCUCCUCGUCUACAACAUGCCCGGCAUCCCCAUGGCCUUCAUAGAAUCGACCUUCCUGUCGAAGGUGUUAAACUCUUUGGGCUCGUCCCUUCGCUCCGCAACUCGGCGGAGAAAUUUCAACACUUCCGAGGGAUCUGCCACGGCUGCCAAGACGGCUAGUAGCGAGCGAAAGCACAAACAGAUGGCCAAUUACGGAAUCUCCCUUGUCGAUUCUCACCGACCUGAUCUUGAGCACUUCCCAUCCACCGAGCAGCUCCGAGGCACAAUCCAUCGCGCCGUGGUUUCAACGGGUAACAGUCUGGACGACACUUCUCGGACGACCCAAUUCAGUGCAGCGCCAUAGUUGGUGCUCAAGCAAGUACCAGACGUGCUCUCAUCGCAUGCCUCGCUAUCAUAGAAGCCGGUGUAAAGUAGAGUAUCGGGGCGUAUUGUAGUGGUGCGGUGGGACUAGGUCACGUAGAUAGCCUUUUGGACGAGUAUUUGUAUGGGUCUCGCACCCAGAUUUUCAUAGAUUAGACUUAGACCUGUAGGCAUCACGAUCUACAGCAAUUCACUCGUUUCUUG